ACCAUCCAUAAUCCGGUUCAUAACAAUUACAGUUAUUAUUUUAAUUUUUUGGAUUUAGCUUUAAAAUUUAUAUAAAGCAUGAUUUUUUAAAUUUUGGUUUUGAGAUAGAAAUUAAAGCUAAAGCACCUGUUACCGUCCAACCAAUCACCCGCAAUAUAAGCAUGACUAUUUUUGAACUUGGUUUGUUGGGUUCUAUAAAAUUAUAACAGGGCGUAAAAGAAUCCAAGAGAAGCCCAGAUCUUGACGAUCAAGAGAGAGAACUUAUAUAUCCAUCAUAAAGACGUGAAUAACAACAAGAGAUAAUCACUUUUCCUCAAAACCCAAAUUUCUGUCAAAAACCUUCGACUCAUAAAAGAUGGAAUCAGUGUUUAGAUCGGCCAGGGAGAAGCUUGAGAAAGAGCACAUAGAGAGGAAGGAGAGUGGGAAGCUGAAGCUACAACAAGAGAAGAAAGCCAUCGAUGCUGCGGAAAUGCAACGCCAAGCCGUUGAAGCUUCUCAUAGAGCCAUUGAAGCCACCACGAAGGUUGAGGAUAACCUUGGUGAAGGUAAAGAAGAUGUCAAACAUAGAGGUGGAGAUUAUAGUAAUAGUAUGCAAGUCUUGCCUCCAUGGAUGGAUAGACAAGGAAUGGAGAUGAGACAGGAAACAAAUGGUGAUGAUGGUUGCUCACAUGAGGAUUUCAGGGUAAGCGUUUUGUUAACAUAUAUAGUAGCUCAGAUGAGGAUUCCGCGGUACCAGAAUAUUUGAUACAACAUUUUUUCAUUGAUUUUAGCUUCAGUAUGAGUAUCGCAAAGCUUACUUUGCCGCUCUACUGAAUCAGCAAGGGGUAGCUGAAGAGGAAGAUGGGGAUGAUGUUGAGUGGGACAAAGGAGAGGCUCCUGGUGCAGAUCUGUUUUGAGUUUACUUUUACUUGUGUUUCCAGUUCACCUAACUAGUUAAUCACAUAUGGAACAGCAAGUUACUACACUACAAACAACUUGUUAAGUUGUUUGUUCAUGUAGAAACUUGAAAUAGAGCGUUUGCAUUUGCUCCGAAUACAGAAAAAAAGGACCAUAGACGAUAUUACUUGUUAUGCAUAGCUUCAACACGAAGACACUACUCGUUAAGACAUGCUUGUAGAGUUUAACUAUAUAUUAGUGGGGGCCAUAACUGAUAAAAUAAAGACUCUACUAGAGCUGGACCCGCUCGGUCGGGCGGGUAUUUUUUUUUGUUUACGUAAUGUAACUAAAUAUUUUUUACACCAUUAUAUAAUCUAUAAAAAUUAUAAUAAAAUGGUGACAAAAAUACAUCACAUAAUACAUAUAUUGCUGUUACGUAAUUCCACUAAUAGUAAAAGUAAAAUGAUUUAUAUAACUGUAAAUAUAAAUAUCACGUGAAUAUUUAUUUUUAUAUAACCAAUAUCAUUUUUAUUUACCCGAUAUCGAGUUGGCUAGUGGUAAAGGAAAUGCUAGUAGCCUUUCAUUGGUCGGGUUUGAUACGCGUUGGAAAUAAUUAUUUACAACAUUUGAGUUCCCAGUAAAAAGAGAAACCACUUUUUCAUUUUUUAGGAAUAUACUUUUGUUUUUUAUCACGUAUUAUGUAUUUUUUUAUUAUGACAUUACGCAUAAUAAUUAAAAUAUAGUUUUUAGUUUAUUUUUAGUUAUAUGCAUUACUCAUUCCAACCCGCUAUAUAAGUAGUCUUAAUUUUUAAUUUCUCAACCCGAUAUAUAAAUAUUCGUCAUGCAUUUUUAGUAAAAUAUUUAUAUUAUACUUAUUAAAAUGAGUAAUUUGUUAGAAUGGUAAUUACAUUUUUUUUAUAUUAUUAUCAAUUUAAUUUUAUUUUAACUUAUUGACUUUAACAUUUUAUUAUAUGCCGGAUUUUUAUUUUAUUUGAACUUUUUUCUUUUUUUUAGAAUAUUGUUAUCUUGUCUAAAUGUUUUUCUUUACAUACAAAACUUGAAGAAUAUUCUUUUGAAACUUUCCCUAUUACAAUUUUCUCAUAAGAAAAAUCUUAGGUGUUUUUAAUUUUUUAAUACUAAUACUUAAAUGUACAUGUUAUUACCAAAUCUAAUAUUUCAAAUCCUUACUAAAGAAAAAUAAUUUAAGGUAAAAUUCAAUUGAACAUAUGUAAUAUCAUACAUAAUUUUUUUUAAAAAUUCUAAUAGCAUUUUAGUUAUAUAUAUAUAUCUAAAACAAUAUCGUCAAUUAAAUAGAUUAGUCAAAUUGGUUAUUUGAAAAUUUUAAUUAGGUACAAAUUUAGAAUUAUCAAGUAAACUGGAACUUUUUAAAGAUGUUCUCAUUAUUAAGUUUUAAUUCCCAAAUACGACAUAUCCUUUAAAUUUUAUAAAUAUUUUUAAUUGAUUUCAUUAACAAUAAAAUUUUAAAAAUGUAAUAAAAAUUAUUUAAUAGAGGAUAAUACCCACGAAUUUAUGGAAAGAAAUUUUCUACUUUACAUAUUAAGGUUUAUAGUAUUAAUGUGCAUUAAGUGUAAUAUUUAUCAUGAAUUUGUUGUGGAAUAGAUUUAGGAAAAAAAUUAAUUUAGAUUUAAGUUUAUUAAUUAUUUCAGUGGUAUUGUAUUUUAAUUAAGUUGUAAGUCUUAAGAUUAUUUCUUAUUUGUACUUCUAUUUUAAUAAAGUAGAUAUUAUGUGAUGCUCAUCUAUCUUAAUUUGCAGCAAAUGGAAACUAAAAACGGUUGACUUUGAAUGUGGGAGCAGAAGACUGAAAGUAAAUGGAUUAAUAUUGAAAUAUAUUUUCUUUUAGUGUUUUUAUAAGCAUCAGCACAGAUCAAAGUAACAUAUUUUCUUUCUAUGAGACUAAUAACAACAGUGACCAUCCAACAAAAGCUCUAACUAUAAAACUAUUACAUUUUCCCCUUCCUCGUAAACCUAUCUGCGUCUGAUUCCCUUAUGUACUGAACCUCUCCGUUCAUUAGCUUCAGAAUCUUCCUGCAAGCACUUAGCCCUAAUCCUUCUGGACUCGUCCAUCUGCUACUGUGGAACAUGCCUUGCACUUUUUUCGGAGGCACACCUUCGCCUGCACUGGCUGCACAUGCCAUCCUAUUCAGUACAACACAACAAACAUUGACAAAAUGAAUCCUUAAGGCUUUAGAAUUUGAAUGGUGGCAAAAGCUUUCUAGUCAUCAUUCAAAAGUUUCUCAAUGGUUGGGAUAGCAGACAAAAAAAUGAAAUUCAUCUCCAGCAGACAGAUUGAUAAAAAGAGAUAUCAAACAUUCUAUGGUUGUUAUCCUUGAUCUCAGCUUAAUUCCGCCGGCUAACUAAACAUAGUGGAGAGAAGUGUUACCUGAACUCCAUGCGUAUAGCCGAGAACCCAUCAGCCAUUUGUUUCAAAACCUUGUGUAGAUAGAGCUCCACGGAGCCUUCAGUGGGUGAAGAUUCCUCUCUCUUACUACCAACAGGGCUUAGCUUAGCACUGCGUUUAUGACGCAGCCAACGAAGAACUCUGUUCUCUCUAACUUAAAUGAAAUGAUGAGCAAAACAGCGAGUGAACAAAACGUUAAAGAUACGUUUGCAAACUCACCCAUCUUCAAUGCUUUUGGUGUCCAUGUUUUAACAAUCUUUGAGAUCUGCUGCUCGCAUGAUACUGCUUCUGAUCCUCGCUUAAAUCCGAGGCCUCCAGGCUCCAGCAAAGAACUUGUGAAAGGAAAACUGCUCAAUGGAUUCUUUAUAGCUUGAAGAACGUAAGCCAACUCUCCCUUUCGAGAAACACUCACCCCCCUGCCUCCGCUGGAUCUCCAAACCUUGUUGCAGCUCGGGACUCAGGUAUCUGCAAGCCCCAAUGACCUGACCACUGUUGGGUAUGCGCCUAGCCCUCCCAAAAGGCCAACAAGAUAAUUAUCCAGACACAUGAUCACAACAAAGAGAUUCGGCUCGUCGACUCGCCAGCCAGUGAUCGGCUCGGCUUUAGACUGCUUCUGACCAGCGAGGCGAGCAAUCUUACGUUGUCGGCUCGACGACUCGAGGUAGCGGCCCGACACCUCGGCCCAAUCCUCGAGUAGGCCCACCAGGACGAGGCCCACCAGGACAAGGAAGAUUAGGUUAACGAGCACGUGUCUAUAAAAAGAAGAGGAAAGGCAACAAUGGGGGGAUCCGCAAACGACUACACUCACUUUCGGCCAGAUCUAGGGUUUCAUAUCUUACUUCUCGCCGACUUGUACGGUCCGACGAACUAGCUUUCGCCGGACUAAUUCCUUUGUUCUCUCCCCCUUUUGUAACACUGUUUCGACUCAUUGAUCUAAUAAAACACGUCUUUGUCUUGACCCGCCGACGAGAACUCGUCCUUUCUCUUUACUAGUUUAUCGACAGUCUCAGUUCAAACAGUUGGCGCCCACCGUGGGGCAGACAAAGUAGCGUCAGCAAAGAUCAUGGCUCGAUCUGAGUCGCCGUCCGAUGACGAGUCACCUACGACUGAAGGCGCUCCGACAGCAUCGGCCUUCGCAGACACCAUACUCGAGAGGAUGGCGCAGCAAGACGCCGUCCAGAAGGCGACGAACGAUCAACUCGCCGCCAUCGCCGCCAACUUGGCUCCUUUGGCUGGAAACUCAGGAGAUCCGGCCUCGACGGUCCAAAAACAGCUGUUCGACACUUGCCGAACAACCGACGCAGAAAACACGACGAACACAAACGCCGCCCAGGUUCGAACACCCGGUGGCGUAGAUCUCGUUACCAUCCGGGGACUCGCCGAGCUUAAGCAGUCGUUCCUGGACAUGAAAGACCGAAUGCUUGAAGGACCUACUUCGGCGCCGUUAAUCGAACGCGUCCUCGCCGAAACCCUAAAAACCCCCUUUUCUCGGCGAAUCACCGACAUACGGUACCGACCAGCCGAGAAAAUCCGCCUUCCGACUUACGCCAGAAAGGCAGACCCGACUGACCAUAUCAGCGCAUUCAACAUCGCGAUGGGUCGAACUAACUUUUCCGAUGAGGAAAGAGACGAUGGAUAUUGCCGGCUCUUCGUCGAGAGUCUUCAAGGACCAGCCCUUGGAUGGUUCACUAGAUUGGAACGAGACUCCAUCAACGACUUUCACGACCUGACGUCCGCGUUCCUCAAGCAGUACAUUAUGUUUACGAGACAAGGAGCGACCCUAUCCGACCUUUGGAACCUAUCUCAGGGAGCGAACCAAAGCCUCCGCGACUUCAUGGAGAAGGUCAAAUCUGUUGCUUCGAAGGUGCAUAUCCCGGAAAUCAUCGCCGUUGACGCGUUGAUGAAUACCCUCUACUUCAAGUCCCUGUUUCGCGAGGAUCUCUACAGAAACCCCACCAGGUCGCUUCAAGAUGCUAUUUCAAGGUCGAACAACUUCAUCGGAAUGGAAGAAGACACAGCAGCGAUACUCAAGAAAAUGAAUGCGGCCGCUAAACCGACGACUGCUCCAAAAGCUCCUGAGGCACGCCAAGAACCACGACAGCAACAAGUCUAAUAAGCAGAAAAGCUUCGUCUAUGUCGUCGAAGAUAAAAACCCGCCCCCGGGAUCGACUGUCGCCGUGCGCGAGAAGGGUUGGAACGUCUGGGAGAACGACGAGAAGCCGCAUACCUCUUCGGCGCCUUCAACUUCGAAUCCUUGCCCGACCGAGCCAAACCUAUGGUGCAUCUACCAUAAGUCCAAGCCGCACGAUACGAGGAACUGCAGGCAUCUGGUCGAUGCCCUCUUCUCAUCUUACGAAAACGGAACAACCAACGUCGAGCUCCCCAAGCCUAGGCAGAACAACGCCAAGAGCUGGAGCAAGAACAAAGAGAAGAAAGCUCAUAAAAAUCAAGACAAGGCCGGAGCCCGACCCAAACGCGCAGAAGAUGACAACCAGAGGAGCAGGACGAAGAUGAGGGCGAAGCACAAAUCGAAGAAGAGCAACCUCGUAACCGUCGACGUGUCCAAGUCAUCCUCGCACGACCGAGUUCCUCCUCGGACGAAGAAGAGGACAACGAAGUCUGCGACUCGCACGAACACUCCAACAAGCGACCAAGUGAGAACGGCAUACCGAAAGAGUCGAAUGAUCUGAGAAACAAGCUCAGGCGAAAAUCGCAUACAACCGACCUCAUGCACAACUCUAAGGACGAUCUUCGCUCAAUCAUCGAAGAGUCCAAGGCUAAAAGAGUCGAAGACUCCAGUGUUCGACCCCACCUCAAGCCACGAGUCGUCGACCUGCGCGAUCAGCUCAACUCGAAAUUAGAAGACCUCAGGAUCAAGCUCAACCGACCUAAACGUUCAAACUUACGACGAAAGCUGGAGGCGACGAAAGCCCAGAACGGUGACAGACACGAACCUAUUGUCGAGGACUCGUCUAACGACCUAAGGGUUCAUCUACAAAACAGAUGGGUCGAGCGCGAUCCCUUCUUAAACGUGAUUAUGGGAGGCUCGCCACCUUGCGGCGACUCGGUUCGGUCAGUCAAGGACCAUCGACGACAGGCAGUAACCUCGAAGAAAUGGCCAUCGAAACCUGAGAAUGAUCCCUCGAUCACUUUCUCAUCUGACGAUGCCAUCGGCGUUCACCUACCUUAUAACGACCCCCUGCUCGUCGAAGUAGGAAUCGAGAAGUGCGACGUCGCUAAAGUUCCUGUCGAUAUUGGCAGUUCGGUUGAUCUGAUAUUUCGCGAUACACUCGAUAAGAUGGGAGUCGAUUUGCGCGAUAUGAA